AUGGACAAUGCGAGGAUGAACUCCUUCUUGGAGUACGCGAUUUGUAACCGCGGCUCCUCCUCAGCUUUACCCCACCUUGAGCCGGGCUCGCCGCUUUUCUCAGGUAGCCCGGCGAGGGAUGAUUUAAGCGGGGAUUGGGGAGCUCCGCUUAACGCUCAGCUCGCCCAGCAAAGCCCAGCUUUUCCCCAUCCUAACACCGGCCGCUUUUCCGCGCCCCCUCCGGGCUACCCCGGUGGCUACCAACAGCUCUACGUGGGCCAGCAAGAGGCGGACGGGUUUUAUUUCCAAGCGGGCGCGUACGGGCCGAGCUCAGCCUCGCUAGGCGAGACUUUUUGCGGGUCCGCGGGGCAAUUUUCGCAACCUCAGGCGGACCUGUACGCGGGCGAGCAGCCGGGCUACCUGAGCGGCCUCUGUGGCCACCACUCGGCCUCGCUGGGCGAGGAGCAGGAGCCCCCCGGGCCCCCCGAGCAGCGCGGAGCCCAAACCUUCGAGUGGAUGAGGGUGAGGAGGAACCCGCCCAAAACAGGUGAG